AGGACGUUCACCAUCAGAGCAUCACCGUAGAAACAAACGCUCCAGCCUGGACACCAUGUCUGUGCGCUUUUCUUCUACCUCCAGGAGGCUUGGCUCUUGUGGGGGCACUGGCUCCGUGAGGCUCUCUAGUGGGGGAGCAGGCUUUGGGGCCGGAAACACAUGCAUUGUGCCAGGCAUUGGAAGUGGCUUCUCCUCUUGCGCUUUUGGGGGCAGCUCAUCUGCAGGAGGCUAUGGCGGAGGCCUGGGCGGGGGAAGUGCUUCCUGUGCUGCCUUCACAGGGAAUGAGCACGGCCUCCUCUCUGGCAAUGAGAAGGUGACCAUGCAGAACCUCAACGAUCGCUUGGCCUCCUACCUGGAGAAUGUUCGAACCCUAGAGGAGGCCAACGCCGACUUGGAGCAGAAGAUCAAGGCGUGGUAUGAGAAAUUUGGACCUGGUUCUUGCCGUGGCCUUGAUCAUGAUUACAGCAGAUAUUUCCCAAUUAUUGACGAACUUAAGAACCAGAUAAUUUCUGCAACUACCAGUAAUGCCCAUGUUGUCCUGCAAAAUGAUAAUGCAAGACUAACAGCUGAUGACUUCAGACUAAAGUUUGAAAACGAGCUGGCGCUUCACCAGAGCGUUGAGGCGGACAUCAAUGGUUUGCGCAGAGUCCUGGAUGAGCUGACCUUGUGCAGAACGGACCUGGAGAUCCAGCUGGAAACUCUCAGUGAGGAGCUCGCUUACCUCAAGAAGAAUCACGAGGAGGAAAUGAAAGCUCUGCAGUGCGCGGCUGGAGGCAACGUGAACGUGGAGAUGAACGCGGCACCCGGGGUAGACCUCACGGUUCUGCUGAACAAUAUGCGAGCUGAGUACGAAGCCCUUGCAGAGCAGAACCGCAGGGACGCGGAGGCCUGGUUCAACGAGAAGAGCGCCUCGCUGCAGCAGCAGAUCUCUGACGACGCUGGCGCCACCACCUCAGCCCGGAAUGAGCUUACCGAGAUGAAACGCACUCUUCAAACCCUUGAGAUUGAACUUCAGUCCCUCUUAGCAACGAAACAAUCCCUGGAGUGCUCCUUGACAGAGACCGAGAGCAACUACUGUGCACAGCUGGCGCAGAUCCAGGCUCAGAUCGGGGCCCUGGAGGAGCAGCUGCACCAAGUCAGAACCGAGACAGAGGGCCAGAAACUCGAGUAUGAGCAGCUCCUCGACGUCAAGGUCCACCUGGAAAAAGAAAUUGAGACCUACUGCCUCCUGAUAGAUGGAGAAGAUGGCUCCUGUUCUAAAUCAAAAGGCUAUGGAGGCCCAGGAAAUCAGACAAAAGAUUCAUCUAAAACCACCAUUGUCAAAACAGUUGUUGAAGAAAUAGAUCCUCGUGGCAAAGUUCUCUCGUCCAGAGUUCACACCAUGGAAGAGAAAUCCACCAAAGUCAACAACAAGAACGAACAGAGGGUGCCUUCCUGAACUCUAGCCUCUGAGACAGAAUGGCCCCCGAAUUAAAAUACCAAAAUGAAACUAGUUUCCUAAAUAAGGGUCCCCUUAUUUUUCUGCUUUUCUUCCAAUGAAUUAAGACGAGUUAUUUUUAGAAUAGUACCAUUUCUUUGGCUUUUUCUCUAUGGUGGUGUUUCAAUAAAAGUUCUUCCUGUUGCAAGUCAU